AUGGCCGACCCGUCAGAUCACCAAGCCACUCGCCAGCCUUCUUCUCGUUCAUUGACGAGACCCGGCACCGCUGGCUCUGCUGCAACCCGUCCCUCGCUCCAUCCAGCUCCCUCAAACAACAGCCUGUACAAUGCAGGCGCACCCGAAUCCGCAGAGCUUCUACUCCCUCCCAGCCGCUCUCGUCCGUCACGACGCUUCCGGGACGACGACUCACCUAUGAGGUCGCCGAGCCAAAGUGGCUAUAAUUCCCGUCGCACGAGUUGGGGUUCCGAGUCGACUGGCAGCAGAGACAGCCGUGUGGGUCCUUUCGCGUCGCCAUUCGACGACUCGCGCGCCCCGUCACGUGCUGGUAGCGACGACGAAGGCGUGAAUACCCAAACUGUCUCGGAGAAGUACAACAUCUUACCCUCUGCUGGCCUAUUACUCUUCCCCGAGGACGUUGAAAAAGACGACUACCUACACAACCCGGACCCCAAUGAGAAGGAGGGCCGCAUAACAUGUGCCGACUUGUUCUCGAAACGUGGUAUCACUAACCUAGGAGGUCUCGUCUUGAUCACUCUGGGUGUCUUUAUGCUAUUUAUUGGUUACCCCAUCAUCACAUUCGCUGUCAAAUACGCAGAGCCGAAGGUCAAUACGUGCACCUCCGACCCUAUGUGUAUCAGGGACGGCGUUGCCCUGUUGAAGAACGUGCGUCACGGUCUCAUUGACCCUGCUACACCCAGCUCGGUCAUGACCAGGAAGUCCGUUAAUGGUAAAACCUUGAAGCUUGCGUUCUCUGACGAAUUCGAAACCGAUGGCCGCACGUUCUACGAUGGUGAUGAUCCAUACUUCCAGGGUGUUGACAUCUGGUAUGGUGUCACUCAAGAUCUUGAGUGGUAUGAUCCCGACGCCAUUACGACCAAGGACGGUGUCCUCGAAAUCACCUUUGACGCCUUCCAGAACCAUGGCCUUAACUACCGUUCAGGUAUGCUGCAAUCAUGGAACAAGCUUUGCUUUAAGGGUGGUUACCUCGAGGCCAGUAUAUCUCUUCCUGGAAGGGGUGACACUAUCGGUUUCUGGCCUGGUUUCUGGGCCAUGGGCAACCUCGGAAGACCUGGAUACCGUGCCACCACCGACGGCACUUGGCCUUACAGUUAUUCGGACGUCUGUGAUCCUGGAAUUACCGCCAAUCAGUCCACUCCCGAUGGCUUCAACUGGCUUCCUGGCAUGCGCCUUCCCGCGUGCACUUGCGAUGGCGAGGAGCACCCCAGUCCUGGAAAAUCACGCUAUGCUGCUGAGAUCGAUGCUAUCGAGGCUAGUGUUUCUUACCUCGAUCCCGAGCACUAUGACGCUGCUGUUGGCUCAGCCUCGCAAAGUUACCAAACUGCUCCUUUCGACAUCUUCUGGCGUCCAAAUACCGAUUUCAUCGAGGUCUAUGACAACUCCAUCUCAGAGAUGAACUCAUACCAGGGCGGUGUCUACCAACAAGCCCUUUCCACGGUCACACUUCUCAACAAUGACUGGUAUGACGGUAAGGCGUACCAAGUUUACGCCUUCGAAUACGAGCCCGGUUCAGAUGGAUACGUUGCUUGGUAUGUCGGCUCAGAGCCUACGUGGAAGAUGACAGCCGAUGCCGUGGGACCCAACGGCAAUGUUGGACAGAGAGUCAUGCCCGAAGAGCCCCUGGCGUUGAUUGCCAAUUUCGGUCUGUCGUCCAGUUUCGCACAAUUGAACUGGACGGGUCUGGCCGAGCUCAUGCCUGGUAAGAUGAGAUUUGACUACAUUCGAAUCUACCAAGACGAGGAUGGUGAGAUGACCUGCGAUCCCGAGGGCUAUCCUACGACGGAAUACAUCAAGAACCACGCCAAGGCAUACCAAAACCCAAACAUCACCAGCUGGGAGGAUGCAGGAUAUCCCUGGCCCGACAACUCAUACGUCGACUCGUGCAAGAGCAGUCACUACAAGGGCCCGAACUAA